AUCUCUUCACUUCACUUAAUAAUAAACUCAUCUCAACCUCUUAAUUGUUUGUAAUCAGUCGAGAGUCAUUACGAGCAAGCUACAGUGAGUAGCACAAACAUGGAGAAAAUCCACAGCAAAUCCAAUCUCAAGGUGAAGAGCAGCACCCAAUUAUCCGCGCUAAUUUCAGGGAGCACUGCAACUGCAACUCCAAGGGGAAUGAGAAAAGAGGAGCGGACAAUUGAGAAGCCAAAGGCGAGCUCGAAAGAGAACACCAAGCCACAGGAGUUCAAACUCCAUUCUCAAGAAAGAGCCAUCAAGCGUGCCAUGUUCAACUAUUUCGUAGCUACCAAAGUAUAUGUUGAGGAGCAUGAGAAACGGCAACUAGAGAAACUGCAAAAGAUGAUUGAAGAAGAAGAGGUUAAGUCGCUGAGGAAGAAAAUGGUUCCAAGAGCCCAAUUGAUGCCCUUUUUCGACCGACCUUUCUUCCCACAAAGAUCAAACAGAGCGCUGACAAUGCCAAAGGAGCCGAGUUUGAAGAGCAGCAAGUGCAUGAGUUGCGUUUCUGAGAAUGGGAUGUUCCACUUUCAUCACCAUCAGACUUACUAUUAAAAUUUUUUAUAUGGAUAAUAAUUCUCUGGGUUUUUUUUUUUUUUUUAAAUAUGUAUGUAUAUUGCGGUUUAGAUGUAGAGAUGUAGCAAGUUGCAAACUUGUACUAGGGUUUGCUGCGUACGUAGUGGUGCACUUUAAUUUGUCUGAGCUGCCCAACAAGUUCGCUUGCCCAAUUAGUGACUUUGGUUUGGUUUGUUUUGUUGUUAAAUAAAUAAAAAUCUACUUUUACCAUUUUUGGUUUCUCUAACGGUCGCCAAAGGCUCGUGCCAACAAAUAUGUUGUCCAAGGAAUUGGUUGUAAGCUUUUUUUUUUUUUUUUAAGUGGUUCAUUUAAUAGAAAAUGGGCCAAGUCGAGAGGAAAAAUAUCACAUGCAUCAUACAACUAAAGAAAUGAAAAACAGACCUGAAACUCAAAACCCUAAAACGACUGGCCAGGCCAGAAACAAAAUAGGGCCCGACCUAAGAGCCCAACAAACAGAAAAGUCUCCCAACCCUAAUUGCACAAGCUCCCUCCUACAAACUACCACCGCCACUGGCGCCCCCUGCAACCUCCUCCGCCGACAUACAGCAUGGACGCACCAAGAAGAGGGGGUGAAGCAACCACACCGGAUCGAGGGAGGCGAAAGAACAACCGGAGCCAUCUCCGACAAACCCGCGUCAGUCCAAACUCCUACAACACCUCGAUCACCAAAAGCAUCGAGAUAGCCUUCAUGAAGAAUGGGCGGUCAAUGACAGAUCAAGAGGAAGAUCUUCUGUCUCCAAGAUCAUCAAACCAAGUUCAAGGCAGCGACCACAUCUCCGAAUCGUCAAGAUCUGCAAGGCAAAGCAAGGAGGUGGACGAAAGGCAUGAGGAAGAGGAGACAAGCUGGACUCAGUUAAAUCCAGCCUCCUUUGCUAUCAAGAUCGAUCAAAUCAUCUCUAGAUCUGAUAAACAGAACAGAUGAACAACACAUCUCUAGAUCUGCAAAAUAGAAUAGAGGACCAAAAUCUCAACCCGCAGAGGGGGAAGAAACAUGCACAAAGGAGAAAGAAAAGGCUAAAUCAAAGCUGGAUAACCGAAGAUCAGAAGAAAGUGAAAACCCGAAUGAGAAGAAGGAAAAAAAUGCAUUUUCUCCUAAUUAUGUCAAAACUGUUGGGUAUUAGCGGAAUUGUGGUGGAAAAUAGGAUCAAGACAAAGGAAAUAUAUGGUGUUUAAUUACUCUUUUUAUAAAUCACUCAACCAAACAAGGCCUUAACUUUUGGCUCUUGCUUGUUACAUACAUACACACGGCAGAGAGCUCUUUCUUUUCUAUUUUAUGUCUCUUGCCCAUACUAUAUUUUUAUCCAUUCCAUACUUGCAACAUAUAUAUAAUGUAAAUGAAAUGAGAAGAACAAAAAACACACCACUUGCAUGCAACGUAAAUGAGAAAUGACAUGAUUUUAAAUGUGUCCCCCUGCAUUAUUUUCUUCUUCUAUCUUCUUAUCCAUUUGUUGUGAGUACUUGCAUCAUUUGAUGGCACUAACUCUUCCACGUUGAGUUGUUGUUGGCAGGACAAUCCAUCAUGCAAAUUGGUCCUCCAUUUAUCAUGCAUUGAUGAUUAAUAAUUCUCCACAAUUAUCAAACGAACCCACCAUGUGUGAUGUUUACUACUUGCAUAUUAUUGCAAAUUAUCAAUCAAGACCCCCUCUUAAUUUGCAAUUUGGAGUAGCUCCUUGAACUUUUCAAAUUUCUCAUGGGUAACCGCCUUUGUCAUGAUAUCUGCUGGCUGGUUGUUGGUGUUGAUAAAUUUCAUCACGAUUUGUCCUUCGUUGACGAGUUCUCGGAUGAAAUGAUGACGCAACUCAAUAUGCUUCGAUCUUGCAUGAAAUACUGGAUUCUUUGUCAUGGCUAUGGCUGACAUGUUGUCACAAUGAAUAAUGGUUGGACCAUUUUCACUUUGCUGCAAAUCAGAAAUUAAUCUUUUUAGCCAUA